GCUUGUCUGGGGAGAUUUCAAGGCGAACCCAGUAAAGCAAAGUCCCCCAAAGAGGCAGUGAAUGGAAAAUGCCACGUUCCUUUUUGGUGAAGAGCAAAAAGGCUCAUACCUACCAUCAGCACCGCUUUGUGGAAGAUGACCUGCCUAUACUAACCUGGGAUCCAGUAACCUCUCCCUUCACUGACAUAGGACACAAGACAUCGGAGGACAUAAAGAAACAGGACCUAGAAUGUGUGAUUCCAAAACAAGAAAAUGACCCAUCUGAACUGAAAGAAGAAAGUGUCCCUGUCCAGUACCUGAGCAGGAUGCCACCAGGCCCUUCAGCUCAAGAGAUGGCCAUCCCAAGUCUGCAGAUCAAAGACUGCACUAACACGACAAGCACCCCUUCAUUCUACAAACCCAGCUUUUCUUGGGAUGCUUUCAAUUUGCCGUACAGCUACCGACAGAUGUCUCCCACCAUGCAGUCAGCCAUUCUGGAGCACCCAGUCAGCCUAUAUGGAAGCCACCUCCUGCCAAGCACUGACCCCCCUCUGGAUUACAGCAUGCAUUAUUCCUCAGACAUGGAAACCUACCAUUGUGUGAAGUGCAACAAGGUAUUCUCCACUCCCCAUGGACUAGAGGUCCAUGUCCGAAGGUCUCAUAGUGGGACACGUCCCUUUGCUUGUGAAGUAUGUGGCAAAACCUUUGGACAUGCUGUAAGCCUGGAACAGCAUACCAAUAUUCACUCCCAGGAAAGAAGUUUUGAGUGCAAGAUGUGUGGGAAGACAUUCAAACGUUCCUCCACCCUCUCCACUCAUCUGCUGAUCCAUUCAGACACACGGCCCUAUCCCUGCCAAUACUGUGGCAAGCGCUUCCACCAGAAGUCGGAUAUGAAGAAACACACUUACAUCCAUACUGGAGAGAAGCCUCACAAAUGCCAGGUAUGUGGUAAAGCCUUCAGCCAGAGCUCCAACCUCAUCACUCACAGCCGCAAGCACACUGGCUUCAAGCCUUUCAGCUGUGAGCUCUGUGCUAAGGGCUUCCAGCGCAAGGUGGAUCUACGGAGGCACCGAGAGACCCAACAUAGUCUCAAGUGAGGGAUGGCUCCCAGUCGUUGCUGGAGCUUCCACUCCAUGGAAGAAGACUCUCCCCAGCAUCUCCAUCCAUUGUGGGGCUGCCUACCCUGUGAAGCCCAUAUAGUGCCCUGUGUUCCCCUGGGGACUGUCAAAGUCAUGUCAUUGGCUUUGGAGUUCUGGCAUCCCAGGGCCUUGCGCAUCCCAGUAGGCAACAAAGAAAGCUUUGGGAGAUCUCACUUUUCGAUUGCAACAGGUACCAGCCCAUAUCUGACAUCACCUGCUCAAGUGCAAAGCCAG